GUCCGAAUAUACUGCGAACAUUUGGUACAACUCUAACAUUUACGUGCCGUUGCUGAUUAAUUGUGAAGAAAAAUUGUAAAAAAUAUUUAAAAAUUUAUGUUUAUUAGUGUCACACAAAUAUACGUGCAUUUGCGGGCGACUGCACGGUGUGAUAAAAAAUAUUUUAGUGUGUUAAACGAACAGAGAAGGCAAACGAACAACUGGCAAACGAAAAGAAUGACUUGUCAAAGAGAAUAACAUGAAUUUGUUGUAGGCAGUAACGCGCGGCGUGGUGAAUAUGCAUGUACAUAUAUAAAGCGCGAACGAGUAAGCAAUGAAAAUUUUAAGUGAGUAAAAACGAGAAAGCGCUAAAGUCACCACCCGAGAAGAGAGUUAUUGCAGAGGGACAACCUCAAAUAAAAUUUUGUAAUUUUUUGAAACUUACCAAUAAUGCCCAAUUAUAAAUUAUAGUCCAAAACCUCUGUGCUAAAUAUACUCACAUUAUUUGAUUUAAUUGCGAAAAAAGAAAUUCCUGAGUGCGUGUGUGCGUGAAUCACAGAUCAGCAGUCAAAGCAGCUACAAAAAUUUAACAAACACAACAACAAAAAACAACAGCGAAAACAACACAAUGAUAAAAAUGGAGACUGACAAAAUAAUGGACGAGACUAACUCCAAUGCACAAGCAUUCACAACCACAAUGCUGUACGAUCCGGUGCGCAAGAAAGAUUCAUCACCCACAUAUCAAACAGAGCGGGAUGUUUGCUUUCAGUACUUCACACAGUGGAGCGAAGCCGGACAGGUGGACUUUGUCGAGCAGCUGCUAUCGCGCAUGUGCCACUAUCAGCACGGACAGAUCAAUGCCUACUUGAAGCCGAUGCUACAGCGCGACUUUAUCACACUGCUGCCAAAAAAAGGUCUCGAUCACAUUGCCGAGAAUAUUUUAUCGUAUCUGGAUGCGGAGUCCCUUAAGUCUGCCGAGCUGGUGUGCAAGGAAUGGCUUCGCGUCAUCUCCGAGGGCAUGUUGUGGAAGAAGCUGAUUGAGCGCAAGGUGCGCACUGAUUCGCUGUGGCGCGGCCUGGCCGAGCGUCGCAAUUGGAUGCAACAUCUGUUCAAGCCACGACCCGGCCAAACACAGAGACCGCACUCAUUCCAUCGGGAACUAUUCCCCAAGAUCAUGAAUGAUAUUGACAGCAUAGAGAACAACUGGCGGACUGGACGGCACAUGCUGCGCCGCAUCAAUUGUCGAUCCGAGAACUCAAAGGGUGUCUAUUGCUUGCAGUACGAUGAUGGAAAGAUUGUGUCCGGCUUAAGGGAUAAUACAAUUAAGAUAUGGGAUCGGACGGAUUUGCAGUGCGUCAAGACACUAAUGGGACACACUGGCUCAGUUCUGUGCUUACAAUAUGAUGACAAGGUGAUCAUUAGUGGCUCCAGCGAUUCCACGGUGCGUGUAUGGGACGUCAACUCCGGGGAUAUGGUGAACACACUGAUUCAUCACUGUGAGGCGGUGCUACAUUUACGUUUUAACAAUGGCAUGAUGGUCACAUGUUCUAAAGAUCGCUCCAUUGCGGUCUGGGACAUGACUUCGCCCAGCGAAAUUACGCUGCGUCGCGUCCUAGUCGGCCAUCGUGCCGCCGUAAAUGUAGUGGACUUUGAUGAGAAGUAUAUUGUGUCUGCCAGUGGGGAUCGCACUAUCAAAGUGUGGUCGACAUCGAGCUGUGAAUUUGUGCGUACACUGAAUGGCCACAAGCGUGGCAUCGCUUGCCUGCAAUACAGGGAUCGGCUAGUGGUUAGCGGCAGCUCCGACAAUUCAAUUAGGCUGUGGGAUAUUGAGUGCGGAGCUUGCCUGCGCGUGCUGGAAGGUCAUGAAGAGUUGGUGCGCUGCAUCCGCUUCGAUACGAAGCGCAUUGUCAGUGGUGCCUACGAUGGUAAAAUUAAGGUCUGGGACUUGGUUGCAGCGCUGGAUCCACGCGCCGCCUCCAAUACACUGUGCCUCAACACCCUCGUGGAACAUACUGGUAGAGUUUUUCGCCUUCAAUUCGAUGAGUUUCAAAUCGUCAGCAGCUCACACGAUGAUACUAUUUUGAUAUGGGACUUUCUAAACUUCACGCCCAAUGAGAAUAAGACCGGCCGAACCCCAUCGCCGGCCCUUAUGGAACAUUAACAUUUUGUGCAAAUGCAGCUGCGGGCACUUCAGCUCUAUUCCUCGAGCGAUGAGGAGGGGCAAGAGGGCGACGACGAUGACGACGACAACGAGGGCCGUGUAAAUGCAGAACAUGAGAAUAUUGAGCUCGAGUCAUUUGGUUAUAAUGUUGAUAAUCUUUAUAAUGCUGUUCAAGAAAACUAAUGAGUAAUACUAAGCCAGCAGAUAGCAUUGAGACUCGUCCAUUAAAUUAUGUUGAACCCAAGAUACUGCGAUCUCCGAUUUUACUGAAAUGCACUAAAAAAAGAAAAAGAACAUUACAAAAACAAAACACAAAAAAACAUAAAACAAUGAUAAAAAAAAAAAAAAAAAAAGAAGAAAAGAAACAUAAAAAAUAUUAGCAUUAAAUAGAAACACACGCGUAAUAUGAAUAAAUGAAUUGAUUGAAUAAUACAAAAAAGAAAACCCAAUAAUAAAUACGAGAAGAGCAUCAAAAAUAUUUUUGCAUAAACUGGCUGUUAGGUUUGAAAAAUAUACGAAAAGAGAAAAUCAUAUAUAAUAUAUACCUAAUAUAUAUAUAUAUGCUUUACAUUAUAAACAGAAUUAUAUAUUAGUAAUUAGACAUUCUACAAAUAAUUAAGGUCAGUGUAAAUCGUUGAAUCGACUGCUACUGCUUGCUGCGGCAGUAUCGAUACAAAAUGUGUAACUAAUAUUUAGCUCAAAUAACUAAAGAUCGCAUUGGGCUGAGUGCGAUUUUAAGAUAAAUUUGAAUUUUCUGGUACGUUAUAUAUUCCUGAUAUGUGUUAGGCUAUAUUCUAGAGUAAAAACUGUCAGAUCUGUCAGAGCAUAGUCUAUGUAUAAAAUGUUAGUUGAAAGCUUCAUCUAUUUGGUGACCACAUAUAAUUCUGUCGGUUUUCUCAACAUUACGAUUCGCUUUUAUCAUAGUGCAUACUAUUUUAAAUUAAUUUUCAUCUCUGAUGUUUAAUUAUGUUCAAAUUGAAAAUUCAAGCUAACAUACGCGAAGAUACAUAUUGAAACAAAUUGAAAAUAUUAAUUAUAUAUAAGAAAAAUACAUGGAAAGUCGUGCUUGUUUUUACUGAGCCAGAAUUUUAGCAGUGGGGCAAAACUUUAUUAAUAAACAUAUAUACUGCAAAAAAUAAAGGAUUUCUAUAACUAUACAUUGGUAGAUGUUAUACACUGAACCCCACAUAAAGAGAAAUAAAUAUAAAUAUAAAUAUAUAUAUAUAUAUACGGAAAUUAGCUAAAUUUCAUGUUUAAAUAAUUCACAGAUUGUAACCGAUUGAGAAUUCUUUUUAUUGUGUAAAUUUAAUUUUAAAAGUUAUUUUUAAGAAUUGCCACUUCCGCGCGCGUAAUUUAUGUAUAUAAUGUUUUAAAAUAAGGCAAAGAAAGUUUAUAAAAAUUGAAAUACUAUAUGUAUGUAUAUGCUUACAUACACAAUAUAUAAACCUGUUUAGUGGAAAUGCUUGUUGAAAUUGGCAAAGGAACUGCAACUUGCGCAAAUUGGUAAAAUAUAUAUAUAUUCUAUUAUAUUAUAUAUUAGAAAUAAAAAAUUGUGUAUAAUUACUA